UAAAUCCAUCUUUUUAAGUCUAUUGUUGCCUUUAAAGACGAUAAUAGUCUAAUUAGCUUUGGCAGUGAGUUUAACAUAAUCUUCUACGUUGCAUCUCUUUCAUCAUGCUGUUUGCUCCAACACUCUGAUUGAAUUACCGAAAUCGCGUAAGAACGCGUUACGAGUAUGUAAUUGGAGGCGUGUCCGGAUCCGGCAGCGGCUUUAUAAGUUUUUUUUCUCUUCUUGACGCAAAAAAAUUCUUUUCUACAGUUCUGACAUCGAUCCUUCUCUUGUUCAACUCGGAUGGCUAGCUUUGAACAAGUAGCAGCAGAUAGCAAAGAGACAGUACAAGCAUACGCAAAACUAGAAGGAGAGGAUUUUUGUUAUUAUAUUCGCACUUUGCAGGUCACUUUAGGUAGAAAAGUCAAGAAGCCUGAUAACGUCGAUAUUCCACUUGGUAAUGUAAAAUCAGUGUCUCGCCAGCAUGCUCGGCUGUUCUAUAAUUUUACUACCCAACGUUUUGAAAUGAUGGUCUUUGGAAAAAAUGGAGCUUUCGUAAACGAACAAUUUAUCGAAAAAGGAGUUACUGUGCCGCUAGAAAACAAGACCAAGAUUCAAAUAGGCGAAGUAUCCUUUAACUUUUUGCUACCUCGAAUGGAACUAUCAGCGACUGGAGGAAGUAGCGGAGGAGCAGCAGGAGCGACAGGAGAAAUAUCGCAAAAUGAAACAUUUGGAUAUAUUUCAACACCACAGCAAUUGGAAAAGAAUUGUAAAAUAGAGAAACCGAUACCCUUAUCUACUUCUAUUGCCAUGGACAAACAGCCCGAACAAAAAAGGCUCGCAUUGACUUUGUCACCAGAUAAAGAAGAGAUCAAUACAGAUGAUUGGGUAGAAUCAUCGCCUGUAGACCCUUCUACAUACGAAUCAAAAGACAUCAAACCGCCUUAUUCUUACGCUUCUCUUAUUGUUCAAGCCAUUCGAUCUUCACCAAACAAACGCAUGACACUCAAUGACAUUUACACCUUUAUCACUACAACAUAUCCUUAUUAUCAAAUGACUUCCAACGGCUGGCAGAAUUCAAUUAGACAUAAUCUGUCUUUAAACAAAGCCUUUAUUAAGGUUCCACGAAAAGACUCAGAGCCUGGGAAAGGCGCUUUUUGGACAAUUGAUGAAUCGGUUGAACAUCAUUUUAAUAGGAACAUCUAUAAGAAACAAAAACGACCAGAUUCGAGUCAUCAUGGAGGCAAAAAUAAACGAAAAAGGCUAGAAAACGGCGAAGAAGUAUCUGACGACGAAGAGGACGAAGACUGUAUUGAAUGCGAAGGUUUGGAAGACGACGAAAUUGAUGUUGAGGACGAAGAAGAGGGUGAAGAAACAACGACAGAAAAUACUCCUGUAUUACUUGAAAAACCAGAACCUUCAGCUCCAACUUUCGAUUGCAUUACCACAGAUCAACAAAAGAAAAAGAGAAAGGCAUUGCAUGAACAUGCUAAAGGCCAAUUACAGUUACAGGAACAGCAGCAGCAAUUGCAACAACAGUUGCAGAACACAAUACGUCAACAUCUAUUAGACCCUAUUAAACAUCCUUUGCCGCCUUCUAUCGCUCAAUUGCUUCCACAAGCAAUUGCACAGCUACCGCCGCAAUUAGCUAGUCAGUUGUCAAAUACAUUGAAAACUACCUUAAAAUCUUCUGCUCCCCAAGAUAACAACAAUAAUGUGGAAGAUGCAACCAAAAAAACGGCCUAAUAAUACCACAGCUCCUGUAUCAUAUCUCUUAAUGUCUCCCCCACUCUUAUAUAUGUGCAUAUACACUUUCAUCAUCAUCAUCCUCUCUUUCUUUAAAAUAUUUAUAAAUGAAUGUAUAAACUAGAACUUUC